AUUCAUCCACGAUUGUACUUUCAGUAAACAUCUUCCGGCCGCAGUAAACACUGUGAAAAACGAUAUUUAUGAUCACUACAAAUGGUAUUUACUCACACCUGUUAUUUCUUCGAAAUAAUUUUAAUUCAUAUUUCAAAACGUUUAGUUCAUGAAAAUGAAAGUUGUGCUAGUAAAUUAGUAAUUGAUUUCUGAAUUUUUUACUUACAUUCAUCACAUCGGCUCCACUGUGCGCGUGGACUUUGCCGCCAAAUUCCAUUGCGCGUGACAUGUGCGACAUGUGUAUGAACUGAUGCGAACUAUCAACGCAGUAAUAUCGUUUGCUGCAUGGUUUGGAAGUAUGCGUUAAUUAGUAUUGAAAGCAGUGACUUCAGAACACAGGAGAGGUUGUCAUUUUCUUCGUACCUGUGGUGUGUCAUUCAGGUUUUUGUAUUUAGAUUUCGGUGGUCGUGUUUGGUUGUAAUUUUGUAGGAUGUCUGGUCAGAAAAGUAUUUUGAAUUUUUUGAAACCAGUUAGCUCUGUAAAGCGCCCAUUAUGUGAGGGUAAUAAUGCGAAUUUCGGAAAAUCAGAAGAACCGUUAGAAAAAAAAGUUAAGUCGAAUGUGAACGAAGUGGGGGAUAAACCCGCCGUCAGAAAGGAAUGGCCCAACGAAAUUAUUGCAAAAAUUAAGUUAACUUCUAGACGAUAUCAAGCUUUGCACAUGAGUAUUGGACAUUCUUGGUUUAGGGCUCUAGAACCUGAAUUUAAGAAAGAUUACUUUAUGAAGUUAAGUCGGUUUUUAGUUCAGGAACGUUCACAGAAGAGGAUUUUUCCUCCAGAAGAGCAUGUUUGGACAUGGACUCAGAGGUGUGACAUAUCAGACAUAAAAGUUGUUAUCCUUGGGCAAGAUCCAUAUCACAAUCCUGGCCAGGCUCAUGGAGUGCUUCUCUUGAAUGCUUGUCUGACAGUACAGUGCAAUGCCGCCAACUCUCACAGAGAUCAAGGCUGGGAGCAGCUGACAGAUGCUGUUAUUCGUACCUUGAGUGCUCGCAAUCAUAGCCUGGUAUUCCUUCUGUGGGGUGCCUAUGCUCAAAAGAAAGCAGUUAUUGUAGACAAGUCAUGA